AUGAGAGAGGAAGGUGUGCUUUUUCAGAACAUGGGGGCAUACAAGUAUAUGCAAGAAAUAUGGCGUAAGAAACAAUCGGACACCAUGCGCUAUAUUCUUCGAAUUCGUACAUGGCAGUACAGGCAGCUUUCCGCUGUGCAUCGAGUAAGCCGUCCAACUCGACCUGAAAAGGCCCGUCGUAUGGGCUACCGUGCAAAACAAGGUUACGUUAUCUACCGCGUCCGUGUACGACGUGGUAACCGUAAACGUCCAGUCACUAAAGGCCAGACUUACGGAAAGCCAAAGACGCACGGUGUUAAUGAACUGAAGUUUGCCCGAUCCAAGCAGGCUAUUGCGGAGGACCGUGUUGGACGUCGUCUGGGUUCUCUUCGUGUUCUGAACUCAUAUUGGGUUGGAGAAGACUCUACCUACAAAUUCUACGAGGUUAUCCUUAUAGAUCCCUUCCAUAAGGCAAUUAGGCGUAACCCAGAUACUCAAUGGAUUACAAAACCAGUGCAAAAGCAUCGAGAAUUGCGUGGACUUACAUCGGCCGGCAGGAAGUCACGAGAAUCAGAGUAUUUCUUGCUUAUGAUGCGUGCUCUGAGGACUAUGUGUAGUAGUGGAAGCACCGAAGGACCCAUUGCAGCUGCGAUACGUAGGAAAUUGCAAGAAACAUUCUCGCCGUCUAAUCUGGAAAUUGUUUGCGAGAGUCAUAUGCACAACGUACCAAAAGGAUCUGAGAAGCACUUCCGGGUUCAGAUCGUUAGCGAUAAAUUUGAGGGAUGCCCUGUUAUUCAGAGGCAUCGCAUGGUGAAUUCAUGUCUCUCCGAUGAGCUCUCGGGUCCAGUUCAUGCACUGAGAAUCGACGCCAUAGCGCCGAGCAGUUGGGUCGGUCAGAAACCGGAGCCUAGCCCAGCAUGUCGUGGAGGGGGUGCAUUAUAG